AUGCCGGCCACAGCGGAGGAGAUCCUGCGCCCCAGCGGCGCAACGCUGAGCGCUUCGUACUCGCAGCUCUCGGAUCUGCACGGAGACACGCACAUGACGCCGGAGCGGCCGCCGUUCUCCUGGGGCAAGUUCUGGUCCUUCGUGGGGCCCGGCUGGCUCAUGAGCAUGGCCUACCUGGAUCCGGGCAACCUCGAGGCGGACCUGCAGAGCGGCGCCUACUCGCGCACGUUCUGGAGCACGGUGCUGGGCGGGCUGUAUCAAGUACUAGCGGCCAGACUCGGCUCCUGCACGGGGCGUCAUCUGGCCGAGCUCUGUCGAGCCGAGUACCCGCGCGUCGUGACCUACGCCGUGUGGAUCAUGAUGGGGCUGGUGAUCAUCGGCUGCGACAUCCAAGAGGUGCUGGGCACCGCCAUCGCUCUGCAAAUUCUGUUUGGUCUACCGCUGUGGAUUGGCUGCCUGGUCACUGCCUUGGACACGUUCACCUUCCUCGCGAUCGACCGACGCGGCGACAACAAGAGCAACCGCCUCCUCGAGACCUUCUUCAUGGGCCUCAUCGGCAUCAUGUGCGCGUGCUUCUUCGUCGACUUCACAGUGAGUAAACCGAGCGGCAUCGAGAUCGCUAAGGGCAUCGCGAUCCCGCGCAUCGACAACCAGAACGUGAUGCAAGCCGUCGGCAUGCUCGGCUCCAUCAUCAUGCCACACAACGUGUACCUGCACUCUGCACUGGUGCAGUCUCGCAGCGUCCGCUCUCGUCGUGGGGUGGGUGCUGGCCCCGUCAAAGAGGCCAACUUCUACUUCGGACUGGAGGCGGUCUUGGCGCUGUUCGUGAGCUUCCUUAUCAACAUGUUUGUGAUCUCAGCGUUCGCCAGCACCUUCUACAGCCAGCAGUGUGACGCGUUGGGUGCCGAUGUCACCACCGAUGUCUACGAUGCGGGCAUUCAAACUGCGUGCAUCCCGUCUGCGGCUGCGUUAGUCUCAGGAAACUCCAUCUAUAGUGCAACAACUGGGCUGACCUGCGCCAAUGAGAGCGGAGCAGUGGCAGCGUCUUGCACGCAGUGCUACACAACAAAGCACGUCGCCGGAUACUGUCAGCAGGUUGGACUGAAAGAAGCAGGGGCGGCCAUCAUCUGGGCGGUUGGAUUAGUCGCUUCCGGUCAAGCAUCAACCAUGACGGGGACGUACGCCGGCCAGUUCGUGAUGGAAGGCUUCCUGGAUCUCCGCAUCGUCGCCUGGAAGAGAGUGGCAAUCACGCGCACGAUGGCGCUCGGUCCCGCAUUGGUUGUCGCGCUGCUGACCGAGUAUGACGGCUUCCACAGCGACAUCGUGAGCGAGAUGAUCAACGUCAUGCAGAGCGUGCAGCUCCCGUUCGCGCUGGUGCCUCUGCUCACGUUCACGACCAACAAGCGGCUCAUGGGGCAGCCGUUCGUCUACAGUCGUUGGGUCGUUCUCGCACUAGUCGUCGGUACGCUCGCGCUCUUCGGGGUCAACUACGCCCUGGUCUUCCGGACGCUGCAGCAGAGCUUCGACCUGUCGUCCAAGGGCUGGACAGUCGUGGCUGUGGUGGCGACUUUCUACGGCGCGUUGGUGCUGUACCUCAUGUCGUUCCCGUUCAUAUCCUGGUACAAGUCGCGGCGUGAAAACGAAGUCUCGCUCGCGAAUCUACAGUCAGGCCGCCUGCUUCCCUAG